GGUCAUUUGAGAAUAAGAUAAAUAAAACUCCACUCGGUUUUUCUCUUUUUGUAUACAAUUUGGCUUCUUGGCUGCGCUGCGUGUGGACUCCAGUCUUCCCUGCGCCUUCUUCUUCUUCUUUCUCAAAUCCUCAUUUCCAUUCUCAUCCACCCACACGAGCGGCAUAGAAAACGGAUGACUUGUGAAUUGCGAUUUUGAUUUGCUAGCGUUUCAUUUCAUUUUUCUCCUCAAAUAAUCAUUUUCUGAUUUGUAAACGAUAACAGCGGCUGGUGGGCUUGAGUUCGGUAUCGUAAACAUGGUUGCUGAGUCUUGGUUUCGUAAUAUUUGGAAAACAAAGAAGAAGAAGCAUGACAGUGCUUCCGAGAAGCAGCUAAUUGGAGUUUUGGCAUUUGAAGUGGCGAGCUUGAUGUCUAAGCUGGUUCAUCUAUGGCAGUCUCUCGGUGAUAAGCAGGUGGCGAGGUUGAGGGAUGAGGUAAUGAAUUCGGUUGGCAUAAAAAAACUUGUAUCAGAAGACGAUAUUUAUAUUGCAAGGCUAAUAUGCCGUGAGAUCAAUGAAAAUUUGAGAAAUGUGGCAAUGGUUGUUACUAGGCUUGCAAAGAAGUGCAGCGAUCCGCUCUUGAAGAGCUUCGAGCUAGCCUUCAACGAGCUGCUUAAAACUGGUGCUGAUCCGUAUGGCUGGCAACUCACGUGGAAGAAGAUGGACCGGAAAGUUAAAAAGAUGGAGUGGUUUAUGGAGAUCAACGCGAAUUUGUACCAAGAAAUGGAAACGCUUUCGGAUCUUGAGCAGACUUUGAGGAGAAUGAAGGGUAAUGGUGAUGCAGAUAACAUUGCUUUAGUUGAAUACGAGAAGAACGUUUCACGGAAGCAACAAGAAGUGAAGUAUCUUAAAGAGGUUUCUCUUUGGAACAGGAGCUAUGAUUACACGGUUUGUCUCUUGGCAAGAUCGGUGUUCACUAUAUUCGGUAGGGUCGGGAAUGUUUUUGGAAUCAAUCCUGCCGGUGAUCAGGAAGUGAAAAAAUUAAAACUUCUUGAAUCUGAUCAUAUUCAUCGCAGCCAGUCAGUUGCACAUUCACAAUCAUCUAUUCACCCGACUGAGAGUAGUCUCUCUAGAUUUUCUUCAGAACCCAUCUCGAGUCUUCUUACUAAAUCUGGGCCAAUUCCAAAAACGACCAACACAAACGCCUUUUGUUCAGGCCCUCCCCGAAAUCCUACUUCUACAGCACACCCGAUUUCUGGAGGAAAUAAAUCAGUCAACUUCUACUCAGGUCCGCUUGGGAUGUCAACAGAAAAGUCUCGUACAAUCGCCAGACCUAAAAAAUCUGGCAUUAAGUGGUGGCAGUCUCAUGAACAUUCAGGGAGUUUACAAGGAAAAACCCAAAUUUCAAAAGCCAAUAAGUUGGGCACUAUAGGACCUCUGAAAGGCUGCGUUAUGGGUGGAAAUGGUUCUCCGGUGAGUGACUGUUAUCUAAAUCCAGUCGAUUCUUCUUCUGGAGCUUUGCAUUUAAACCAAGGUGUUAGUAUGGACAUACCUGUACAGAGCAAUUCGGUUUUCAGUAAUGCAUUCAAGUUCGAUUCAAAAAGAAGGUUGAUUAACGCACCUCCUGACAGUCUCGGGGCUGCUGCUUUAGCACUGCACUAUGCAAAUGUUAUCAUCGUAAUCGAGAAAUUUGUUGCGUCUCCGCAUUUGAUAGGGCAAGAUGCUCGAGAGGACCUGUAUAACAUGUUGCCCGCUAGCAUAAGAGCAGCCCUCAGGGCAAAACUAAAGCCAUAUGCAAAGAGUUUGAAUUCAUCGGGAUAUGACACAGCUCUUGCAGAAGAAUGGAACGAGGCAAUGUUGGGAAUAUUGGAGUGGCUUGCUCCGCUCGCUCAUCACAUGAUCAGAUGGCAGUCCGAGCGAAGUUUCGAGCACCAGAGCUUUGUUUCGAGAGCAAAUGUGCUCCUCGUGCAAACUCUUUACUAUGCAAACCAGGCAAAAACAGAAGCAACAAUCACCGAGCUCCUUGUUGGUUUGAACUAUGUGUGGAGAUACAGCAGAGAGCUCAACGCCAAAGCAAUCGAGGAAUGCACCAGCAUUAGAACUUUUGAUGACUAUUUGGAUGACUAACAGCAUCUCGAGGGGUUUAAAGGGGCAUACAACAUCGGGAGGGCCUUUCAAGAGGUGCAGUAAGACAAUGUUCGUCGCCUGCCUGCCUUAACGGGACGUGACUUCUCAACAUGUUCGCCAUCUGCCCUAAUAUUCAGCUUCAGCCCUUAAACUGGGACGUUCGGUACGUCACAAAUUUGUCGCAAUGUAAAAUGACAUAUCUUGUGGCGUUCAAACAUCCGCACAGCUUAGCAAGGGAGCUGGACCUAGUAUCUAGCAUUUACAAGAAAAUUUGCCCAAUUAUAUGACAGCAACAUUUGUUUAUAGAUAUUUACACUUGCAUGUUCUUUAUAAGUUUCUAAGUUCACCAGGUUA